GCCCAAUGCUAGGAACCCAGCCAUGGACAAUUCCACAGUCAUGGGCCAGUACGCCUGCAGGGGGAUGGACGAAAAGAAGGAAAGGCCUAAGCGACAAAGGCAGAACAACUUUUCCAUGUUUCCCUCCCCCAAAGGCUGGAACUUCAGAGGGCGGAAACGGAAGCAGAGUACCCAAGAUGAGGACGCCAUCAGCUUGUGUAGUCUGGACGCGAGUGAGCCGAGUAACAAGCGGGUCAAGCCCUUGUCCAGAGUCACGUCCCUGGCGAACCUCAUCCCGCCCGUGAAGGCCACCCCGCUGAAGCGCUUCAGUCAGACCCUGCAGCGUUCGAUCAGCUUCCGCAGCGACAGUCGCCCCGACAUCCUCACCCCGCGACCCUGGUCCAGAAAUGCGGCUCCCGCCAGCACCAAGCGAAGGGACAGCAAGCUCUGGAGCGAGACCUUCGAUGUCUGCGUCAACCAGAUGCUCACCUCGAAGGAGAUCAAGCGCCAAGAGGCAAUAUUCGAGCUUUCUCAAGGAGAAGAAGACUUGAUAGAGGACUUGAAAUUAGCAAAAAAGGCCUAUCACGACCCCAUGCUUAAACUCUCCAUAAUGACCGAGCAAGAAUUAAACCAGAUUUUCGGAACCCUGGACUCUCUGAUCCCUCUGCACGAAGAUCUUCUCAGUCAGCUCCGAGAAGUCAGGAAGACGGACGGAUCCACCGAGUACGUCGGCCCGAUCCUGGUGGGAUGGCUCCCGUGUCUCAGCUCCUACGACAGUUACUGCAGUAACCAGGUGGCCGCCAAGGCGCUGCUGGACCACAAGAAACAAGACCACCGGGUGCAGGACUUCCUCCAGCGCUGUUUGGAGUCCCCCUUCAGCCGGAAGCUGGACCUCUGGAACUUCCUCGACAUCCCCCGAAGUCGGCUCGUGAAGUACCCCCUGCCUCGAGAAAUACUGAGGCACACGCCCAACGAUAACCCAGACCAGCAACACCUGGAGGAGGCCAUAAACAUCAUUCAGGGGAUUGUGGCCGAGAUCAACACCAAGACCGGGGAAUCAGAAUGCCGCUAUUAUAAGGAGCGGCUCAUCUAUCUGGAAGAGGGACAGAAGGACUCCUUGAUUGACAGCUCCAGGGUACUGUGCUGCCACGGAGAACUGAAGAACAACAGGGGCGUGAAGUUACACGUCUUCCUCUUUCAAGAAGUGCUUGUCAUCACUCGGCCUGUCACUCACAAUGAGCAGCUCUGCUACCAGCUCUACCGGCAGCCAAUCCCCGUGAAGGACCUCCUGCUGGACGACCUACAAGAUGGAGAGGUGCGCCUUGGGGGCUCCAUCCGAGGAGCCUUCACCAACAACGAGAGAAUUAAGAACUUCUUCCGAGUCAGCUUCAGGAACGGCUCCCAAAGUCAGUCCCACUCCCUGCAGGCCAGCGACACCUUCAACAAGCAGCAGUGGCUCAAUUGCAUCCGCCAAGCCAAAGAGACGGUUCUGUGUGCCACGGGCCAGGCCGGGAUGCUGGGCCCCCGGGAGCCUUCCCCGGCGCCCACCCCUCUCGGCGGAGACUCCAAGCUGGAGCAGAUGGACCAGUCGGGCAGCGAGUCGGACUGUAGCAUGGACACGAGCGAGGUCAGCCUCGACUGUGAGCGCAUGGAGCAGACAGACUCUUGCGGCGGGCCCGGCAAACAGAUAGAAAGCAACGUUUGACAGGAACCUCCCAUCCUUCCCGGGUCUGCUUACCUGGACAGUAUUGGCAUUCCGCAGAUGGAACGGUUUGGGAGAAGCACUUUUAAACACCUCCCUGAUGGUGUCCGAGGCCCCCGUCUUUGUCCUUUGCCUGUGUUGCUGUCACGGCCGAUCUGUAAGGCGGACCCUGAUGCGACAUUAUUCCGAGUCGUUUUCCAGCAGCGUCUGCACAUAUGAACUCCUUUCACUGGUCUGGCCGGGGAAAAACCAAAAGAAUGUCAGAACUACUGAUGUUUCUUAAGAGUGCUUCUAGAUGCCUGACACGGAAAAUGAAAGGGGGAGGUGGGGGGAGGCGAUGAGUUUCCCAGGUGUCUCGAGGAGUCCCCUUAUGGAAGGUCAUGAUAACAUCUGAGAACAAAGACAGGAAGACUCAAUAACUUGGAUUAACCUCGGGUCAACACCAUGGUCUUGGGCCAUAGAAAUGACCAGACCGUGUCACUGGGGAUCCUGGGUAAUGAAUUUUCCAACGAGUGAAUGUAGUGAGCAUCAAGUGGACCUUGUCCUUGGUCCCUUUGUACCUCUAGAUAGGCACACCAAGAUGUGGGAAUGAAAAACUGAUUUAAAAAGAAAAAAAAGGCCCUUUAGGAUGGUGGUGAUGGCUGUUUACAAGUACAAGACAUAGAGAAAAGACUUGGGAGGGGGAGGGAAUGACUCUUUCUCAAGCUUUACGGUUUGAGUUGGGAAUAUUGGAAUUGAAAUCAUGAAUCCAUUUUCCAUCUGGGAAGCCACCUCCCUCCUUCAUCGCCCUGUGCCGUGACCAGAAUUGUCUCUGAGUUUCCCAGAUCCCGACUCAAUUUCUUCUCGAAUGAAUUCGAAUCAGGUCCCUCACCCCUAUGGCCCACCAACCCACGGAGGCCUGUCCUAAGGGCCAGAGCCACUUGCCCAUUGUCGUCGUCGUCGUCAUCAUCAUUGGCUGGCAGGGCAGGGUGGGAUGUGAGCUUUAAGUAAGUAUGCUAAAUACACUGAAAUUCUCCCUUAGAGUGUAAAUAUUAAGGCUGAACUGUGCAAAAGUAUACCCACACCAGCACUAGUAGUAAUAAUGCUAAGUUAUUGCCAAAAAGGGGUGGUUGUUUUUUUCGUUUGUUUGUUUUUUAUCUGUGUUUACAAAAAAGAAAGGGGAUAAAUAUACUGUGUCGAUUUACCUUGUACAUAUCCCAUGUGCAUUAAAGGAAUUUGUGUGACAAGAUAAUCAAUAUAAACCCCCCCCCAAGGUAUAAGUACAUUAUUAUUUUAAAAAGAAAUAAACUAUUGUGCUCAAUUUUUCUCUGUAAAACCUAUUUCUGUAUUUAUAGAUUUUAAACAAGGUGAAUUUUUUUUUCUAUUACAAGUUUAUUUAAAAGUGGUUUGUCUCUCGAGGAGAGCAGUCAAUGUGUCGAGUAACAGCCUACCACUAAUAAAAGCAGGCAGGAGCAAAGAGACUGUUGUUCAGAAGAACAGGAAAGGAUGCAUCCUUGGAGGAGAUCAUGGGCCCCGGGCUGAGCUGGCCAGAGCAUUGUUGUCGUCGGGGAAAAGAGGAGGCUCCAGCUUGGCCCGGGGAAAGAAAGGCAUCGAAGGCUCUGAGAAAGAAGAAUGUUUUUGGUGUAACGACGGCCUUAAAUUUUUCUGGAAGCAUUUCAAAUAAAUUACAUUAAAUGGUC